AUGCACAUUUACACGGGCAAAGUCACCAACGGGGACGCGGAAGCCUCAGGAGAAGUGGAUGCUAUUCUCUUACUAGCGGAUGCAUUCAGACCAAACAAUAAUGGAUUUAUCUUCUACUACCCAGGGCAAUUCGCAGCUCCAGGGGGUGGGCAGAGCGCUUUCCACGCGGGAAAUUAUGCCGUGUUGGAAAUAAACCCGAACGAUAAAACGCUCGUCAAGAAAGCUACAUACAAAGCAGACGGCGCUGACCUGACGUUGACAAAAUCGAACGAAUCUGAUGACGAGAUCUUUGUGACGCUGAAUGCCGGGGACACCAAAGAUCUUACCAUUUCUCUAAAACUUCUUCAAGUCAUCGAUCGGCCUGCAAACGCAGAGCACACCUCGACUUAUACCGGGUUAAUCUCCGGAAAGAAUGGAGAUAAUCACAUAAUCUAUUUGUCUAUCCCAGAGAAAGGGGCGGCAGAGAAAUACCUAUCUCUCUUCAAGUUUCACCUCGGACGCGAGACCAUCGUGGAACGACUAUUACUGGAAUUGUCGGAUGAUAGGAAUAUGAGAAAGGACGAGAACAGCUCUAUUGAGAUAUGCGCACGCAACGGUCAAUAUCAUCUUCGUGCGCAAUUGCAAGACGGAAAACCGGAUGCAUUAUCUCUGCGGCUCCAAAAGGGAGGUGUCACUCAACAUCUAUCAGAUGCGGUGACUUUGAUACGACACAAUGUAUUCGAUGCACCUUUGAUCAUUCCAACCAUCCUCACCCUUGAAAACGAUGCCUGUCAAGCAGCCAUGUAUUAUGUGGCGAAUAAACCUAUGCACGACUCUGAAGCAGCUAUCAAUAUGACGACGGAUAUCGUUGCAUUAGCUAAAGAAGGAGCCGAAGCCGUGCCAGGUGUGGGAGCCCUUACCUCACCCUACGAUUUGUGGAAAGCCUCUAUAAAAUUCUGGUUCGACGGGAUCAAGAUAGCCCAAAAAUACCUCGGGGAUUUGCCGACGACCGGGUUUAUCUCGCCAGGAGCAAGCAAGACGUUUUGGGAUAUCGACCAGAACUUUACAACUGGCGCCACGCUUAGGAUUACUAUCCCCACAUUCAAGCCUACUGGCGAUGACGACUAUAAAUACCCUUACAUUCUUUAUACCUGGUACCAGAAAGACUUCAUCAACUACGAGACUUACAUUGGCAACGUAAAAAUCAACGACUUUUUCGAGGCACAAGGUGACUGGGGCGGCCACAAUCUCAGACUUCGCUCGGAACCGAAGGCACUUUCCCAACGUCAGAUCGCCGAUGGCUGGACUACAGGGAUUUUUAAAUUUCCCCUUGUCCAGCAAAAGUAUGCACAAAACUAUCAUGCAUUUAGAGUACCAAACCUUCGAUUACACCCUGAUUACGCCGAGGAUGUGGAUACAAACUCAAAGGAUUCCUGGAUUAACGAUGCAUUCUUGGACACGGUUAACGGGAAGCUGUUUCGAAAACCUUUCGAUCCUAAUAACAGCUUGAAUAUAGAAUCGGGUACCUGUAUUGGUUUUUUAAGUCGAAAAGAUUCCGCCUUUGUAAGAGGAAAUGCGAUGGAUUGGUCACCAACAUCUACAGUGAUGCCAACCUCAAGCCCCGGUGUGAUCGUUUCCUUUAUCGAGAAUUUUGAACCAGUACCCGAGGAUCGGAAAACGGAGACAGCCACAGAUUAUAAUAAACGGCGUGCAAUGACAUUCUCCCGUAAAUUGAUUAUUCUCGCAAACGCUGGCCUAGAGGCGGAGGAUCCAAGCGAUACAAGCUUGACCGUUGAAUUCGAUACCCCAUUAGAAAAUCCAUUGGGUGACACAAAGGGCGAUGAUCCCAAGGAAUAUUUCAAAGAUCUCAAAGCCGCUCUCAUAGCCGGUUUGAAGGAGUCAAAAGAUGACAUAUACAACUACCAGAAAAGUUUUUGGGCAUAUGACUUUCAGGUAGCCGAUUUUGAGAAACAGUCCGGAAAAAUGCGUGGUUGGCUAUUUAAGGCUCGCCUAAAGGAGGCUGAGAGGUACCGAGGGCCAAUUAAUAUCGUGCGCAAAGAGGAUGGUUCUUUUGUCGUCUUCAUGGUUGAACAUGCGUCCCCUAUCGAGUUUUCCGACUUCCGGGAUAAACAAGAUAUCACGGACCCUUAA